AUGCUUUCUGGCUUUAUGCAAAUGACUAUAGUACUUGGUUUGUUUGCUGCUAAUGUGGUAAAUUUUUUUUUACAAGAUCAUAAAUGGGGUUGGCGAUUAUCAAAUGGAGUUAUUUUAAUUGCACCACUUAUUAUUAUGAUGGGUAUAUUUUUCUGUCCUGAAACUCCUCGAUGGUUAUUCAAGGAAAAAGGUCGAGAAUCAGCAGAGAAAAGUUUGAAACGCAUUCGUAAAAUUGACGAUGUAACUGCUGAAUUAGACGCUAUUGCGAAUGCAAUACGAGAAGAGGGUAAUGAAGUUUCAAUCAAAGAACUAUUUACAACAAAGAAAAUGCUUCAAAGGCUCGGUAUAGGUGUCGGCGUACACGCUUUUUUACAACUAUCAGGUAUUAAUAUUAUAUUUGUAUUUGGUGGUAUCAUUUUCGAAAGUAUUAUUGGAAAGGGUAUCAUAUCAUUAUUGAUUUUAUCUGGUGCAAAUAUGUUAAGUACAAUUCCAGCAUUAUUCUUAUUUGAUAGACUAGGACGUCGAAAACUUCUUCUAUACUGUGGCUUAGGUAUGAUAGUGGGCCAUUUUGUAUCAGCAACGCUAUUUGUCACAGGUUGCAAUGUAGUGAAAACUAUUAUUAAUGACACUACGGUGAAUGAAGAAACUAUAAAUUGCAAAACAAGUUCUGGUGUAUUAAUGCUUAUUUUUACAGUUGUGUUUGUAGCUAGUUAUGCACUUUCCUGGGGACCAGUCGCUUGGAUUUAUGCGGCUGAGAUUUUUCCUCUUAAUGUGAGAGCUAGAGCUGUUUCAAUAACGACAGCAGGUGAUUGGUUUUUGGGUAUGCUUAUGUCUUAUAUGUUGGAGUUAAUAACUCCAUUAGGAAUACAUGGAGUAUUUUAUCUUUUCAGUGGCCUGUGUUUAUUAGCUGUAGUAUUUGUCUAUCUUUUCUGUCCAGAAACGAAAGGAGUCUUACUAGAAGAUAUUGAAGAAGUGUUUGAAAAUUUUCAACUGAAGAAUAGAACGAUAAUAAAAGUGUUACGGAGACCAUGUUCGCGAGAUAUAAAAAGGACAUACAUGUAA